CGCGCCAAGAAGGCAGUCGGAAAACCUGUAGCGGAAAGGAAAACACAAUUUUUCAGCUCACUCUCGUACGAGGAUUCUUGAAACACACUGGCGAAUAGUGUGACGAAUAAAGUGCUAGGAAAAUUAACUUCCGAGUAUAGUUUUUUCGACUACAACAGCUGAGUUUGACAGCGACUUUGUUUACGUUCUCGUCAGAUUUUUUUUCGUCUUUUUUUGUGCUUCUUGUUGUUGGGAAUCGUGUGCAUGAUAAUGAGCUUCUAUAAAAAUAACAUCGGUCGUCGAAAGUGCACUCCCGCGCACCGUCCACUGUCCUUCGUCCUCUGUCCUUUCUAACGGUCCAUCUCCCGCACUUUCCCUUCAACCUUCGCCGGGAGUUUGCACCAAGCUGGCGUUCAACUAGUCCUGCUACUGAGUGCCCCGUCCUCGUCCACACUCUAUCGCACCCGCACGAUACCCGGCCCCGCGCGCCCACCCCCAGCCUGUCCUACUUUCCACUGUUGGCGGGACCGCAGCCCUUGUUAGUGCGCAGUCAACUGAUUACGAAUGUCGAAUAGUCCUCCGUCACCUCCGCCACCGCCAGUACCGCCAACGGCGGCACCACCACCGUUAAGGACGGCCAAAGCACCCCUGACCGAGCUGAGCCUGGAUGGGCUCGACAACAGCAGCAACUUGCAACGCCCCUUCAGCACCACCAACACCAACCAUGACUGCGUGAUCCUCGCCACAGGCGAAUGUACGUGGGCGAAGCAGUAUCCGGCGAUACAGAAGGCCUGCUUCAUGAAUCGUGUCUGCCAGUAUGCUCCACCGAGGGAACUACGGGUACAGAUGGUGGAACCGAUUCUGCAGCACGGUCCAACCUGUGGUCUCACCGCACUCAGCAUGAUCUUCGACGGUGCACCGUCGGCCAGUUCGCUCCUGGAUCUGGCCACUCGCCGUGGUUACUCGAACAAUGGUGAAAUGUUCAGUGCCCGCCAGCUGAACGAUCUGUUCGAGGUGGUGCUCCAGGAGAACCGACAUCUCGUCGAGUACAAACCCGUCUCCCACACCCUGGUCGGUGGGUGGAUGGAUGAUCCCAACAUUCAGCUCAAGCUGCGCCUCGGGGCAAUGUUUCUAGUGCCUUACGAUCCGGACAAGAACCACACACCGUGUCUCAACAAGGGUCACCGUGCACACUGGGCCCUCAUCGUCGGAUAUCUUAUCGAUCAAUUCGAAGACUUUUAUGUAUUCGCACGCCAUGGAAAAACGAAAAACCUCGCACUGUGGUCGCUACCCGAGCUGGCAAAGAGCAAUGGAAAUCUAGUCGAGUUCUGCCAACCGGCAGGACAUCCCAACGAAACGUUCAUCCUUCCCGAGGGUGGCAUGGGUGGAUGUAACGGGCUGCGGUGUAAAUUCAUUAUGAUCGAGAAUUACAAGGCAAAGCAUGAGAUCGUGCUCUAGCACCAUGCUGCGGCGCGGCCUUCAACCAUUUUUGGCGGGCGGAAAUAUUUAUUUUCACAGACGAGUUUAGUUACGUUACUCAUAGCUUUAUUUUCUUUUCCUUUUCGUUUGGCUAUAUAUAUAUUCAUAUACAGGUAUAUAUGUAUAAUAUGUAUGUAUGUAUACUUUCAGUUUAAAACAUGCAUAAAACAGUAUUGAGAUAUUCGGUUGCUUUCUGUUUCUUUUCUUGAUCAAUCU